AAAAAAAACUCAGUUCAUGAUCACAAAAACAAACGGCUCAGUGGCAGCCCCAGACAAACGCAGCUUCUCCGAUGACAUUAUUGGUUUAAUAGGCUCCUAUAAGGCAGCAGGACACUGAGCCACCCAGCCUCUCUCCAGCUACAGCGUAUUCUUGCUCAACAGGCACGUGACCCGAAAUCGGAGACAGGCUGACGUCAUCCAAUGCGAUGGCUCCUGAAGCCACACAGCCACAGUCUCGCUUUGUGAAACACUACACGGACUCAAGGCUGUUGUUGAUCGAGGCAGAAGUGUGAUCGAGUUCAGAAAGAAUCUCAUCGGCCAGAGGCAGACAAGAUAAAGAAGAAGAUGCCAAAAAUGUAUCCAGCUGGCCAGAAGAGUUUACAGAAAGAAUGUCAACGUGAAGAGGAUGUCUCUGAAAAGAGGAACAGAAGAAAGGGUAGGACUAACAUUCAGAGACCCCGCAAAAUUAUAAACCGUAUCAAGGUGAAAGACUGUAAUCCUCAAUAUAUGGGCCCAGAUGAAGACUUAAACAGAUUGGGCUCCAGUUUGGGCAGACGCUGCUCCUUGAAGGACAGUAAUGCCCACAAGCCGUCAGAAUCCUCGAAGACUAACACAGUGAGGCCGAAGAAGAAAUUGUGUCUAAAUCAAACUGGAGAAGAGAUAAAGAAGAAGAUGCCAAAAAUGUAUCCAACUGGCCAGAAGAGUUUACAGAAAGAAUGUCAACGUGAAGAGGAUGUCUCUGAAAAGAGGAACAGAAGAAAGGGUAGGACUAACAUUCAGAGACCCCAAAAUUAUAAACCGUAUCAAGGUGAAAGACUGUAAUCCUCAAUAUAUGGGCCCAGAUGAAGACUUAAACAGAUUGGGCUCCAGUUUGGGCAGACGCUGCUCCUUGAAGGACAGUAAUGCCCACAAGCCGUCAGAAUCCUCGAAGACUAACACAGUGAGGCCGAAUAAGAAAUUGUGUCCAAAUCAAACUGGAGAAGAGAUAAAGAAGAAGAUGCCAAAAAUGUAUCCAGCUGGCCAGAAGAGUUUAAAGAAAGAAUGUCAACGUGGAGAGGAUGUCUCUGAAAAGAGGAACAAAAGAAAGGGUAGGACUAACAUUCAGAGACCCCGCAAAAUUAUAAACCGUAUCAAGGUGAAAGACUGUAAUCCUCAAUAUAUGGGCCCAGAUGAAGACUUAAACAGAUUGGGCUCCAGUUUGGGCAGACGCUGCUCCUUGAAGGACAGUAAUGCCCACAAGCCGUCAGAAUCCUCGAAGACUAACACAGUGAGGCCCAAGAAGAAAUUGUGUCCAAAUCAAACUGGAGAAGACUUUCAAGAGAAUGACAACUUGUCCUCUCUUCAGGGUCGUCCACAAAUUAAACAGCCUGAUAAGAAUGGGAAGAAACUUGCAUCUGCAACAAAGAACUUGGUAACAGCCUCUCAGCACCCUAGAUUUCAGCCUGUUGUGAAGCUAACAAGGAUCGAUGCCACCAAAUCUCAAAGAGUGUACAAUAUAAAUCCAAUCCGCCAACAGUGUGUGAGAACAUUUAAAUACAAAUUGACUUCUAAAGAUAAUGGAAGGAUUCAUGGGAGUAAGAAACCGUAUCACUGUCCUGAAGGUGGGAAACAAUUCUCAGAUAGUCACAUGCCUAAGAAACGCAGAGAAGAUAAUACAGGGAAGGAGCCAUACCACCGUUCUAAAUGUGUUAAGAACUUUUCAAAACACAGCCAUACCACAACUCCCAUUGUAGAGAAACCAUAUUUUUCUAAACGUGGCAAACGAUUCUCACAAGUGAGCCACCUUCAGUCACACAUGAUUGGUCAUGGAGGAAAGGGUUUAUGUCGUUGUCCAGUAUGUGGUAAACAUUUCUUUGACAAGAGCCAUCUUCUCAGACACAAAAGAAUUCACACUGGAGAGAAACCAUAUUGUUGUUCUGAAUGUGGCAAACGGUUCUCACAAUCAAGCCAUCUUCAGACACACAUGAGAGUGCACACAGGAGAACUGCCAUUUCCCUGUUCUGAAUGUGACAAGUGCUUCUCACAAACAAGCCAUCUUCAGACACACAUGAGAGUGCACACAGGAGAACGGCCAUUUUACUGUUCUGAAUGUGGCAAACUGUUCUCACAAACAGGCCAUCUUCAGCAACACAUGAAAGUGCACACAGGAGAACGGCCAUUUUCCUGUUCUAAAUGUGGCAAACGAUUUUCAAAUAGAAGUAGUCAUCUGAAGCAUUUAAGAGUUCACACUGGUGAGAAGCCCUAUUGCUGUCCUGAAUGUGGCAAAAGAUUUUACGACACAAGCAAUCUUCUGCGUCAUGCAGGAGUCCACAAUAAAGACCAUCUUUAGGCCCGUUCUGAAUGUGGCAAGAAAUUCUCACAAAGAGGCAGUCUUCGUAAGCAUAUAAGAAGACACGUUUGAUAGAGGCCGUACUCGUUUCCUGAUUGUGACAAGCUAUUCACUGAUAACAGCAGCCUUCAUAGACACAACAGAAUUCAUUCUGGAUUAAGGCCAUAUUGUUGCUCUGAAUGUGGCAAGCGAUUCAUACAACC